AUGUGGACCAUCUGGGUGAUCAUCUUCUGGAUUUCAUCCGUCCUGAUCAGAGCUGUCCCGCCUGUCUGCGACCUCUUGAGUGUCCUGAAAAAGGAGGAAGAAAACUGUGCUGAGACUCUCUCACUGGAGGCGAAGAACAGAACGCCCGAAAAUGAUCCACUCCUGAGCUCAGGCAGAUGUGCUGGAAUGUGGGAUAACAUGAGCUGCUGGCCUUCGUCCGCCGUGGGACAGACUGUCAACGCUCAUUGCCCUGAAUUCUUCCAGAUGCUGACUGGGAAAAAAGGUUUUGUCUACCGAAACUGUACGAGCGAGGGUUGGUCAGACCCAUAUCCAAGACCCGAUAUCGCUUGUGGCUACAAUGUCAAUGACACGACAAAUGAGGCGAGACGUUCCUAUUUCAUGACUCUGAAGACCAUGUACACCAUCGGAUACUGCACCUCCCUCGUGACGCUGACGAUAGCCUUAGCGGUCUUGGUCUCUUUUAGAAAACUUCGCUGUACAAGGAACUACAUCCACAUGCAUCUCUUCACAUCGUUCAUUUUGCGAGCCUCAUCCAACUUCAUCAAGGAUGCUGUUUUGUUUUCCUCUGAAGACACAAAUUACUGUGGGGCAUACACGGCUGGGUGUAAGCUCACCAUGGUCUUCUUUCAGUAUUGCAUCAUGUCUAACUACAGCUGGCUCCUUGUGGAGGGACUGUACCUCCACACUCUCCUGGUUAUUUCUUUCUUCUCGGAAAGGAAGUUCCUCUGGCAGUUCAUCGCCCUCGGAUGGGGUGCCCCAACUGUGUUUGUGGUCGCAUGGGCAACUGCUAGGCAACUCCAUGAAAAUGUUGGGUGUUGGGACAUUAACGCUAAUGCCAAUACCUGGUGGAUCAUUAGAGGCCCUGUAGUUUUGUCUAUUUUUAUUAAUUUCAUUCUUUUUGUCAACAUUUUAAGAAUCUUGAUGAGGAAGCUCAGCUCACCUGAAGGACAGAGCAGUGAUUUCAACCAAUACAAGAGACUUGCAAAGUCAACACUUCUCCUCAUCCCUCUCUUUGGGGUCCACUAUAUCAUCUUUGCUUUUUUCCCCGAAGAUGCAAGCAGCGGCACAAUGGAAAUUCAGCUGUUUUUCGAAUUGGCUCUUGGAUCAUUCCAGGGCUUUGUCGUGGCUGUACUUUAUUGUUUUCUUAAUGGUGAGGUUCAGCUGGAAGUUCAGAGAAAAUGGAGGCAGUGGCAUUUGAGCAAACACUUGCGUCAGCAUGUCAGCACCUCAGCAAGUAACGGAGGAAGUGGCUUAACUCAAGAGAUGCAAAUAGUGAGGUCGAGCCCACCAGAGCACAGGAGAGCAACCCUCCAAAGAUCAAGCGUGCUUUAACACUG